GGCAAGAAUCCAACAAGCAGCCUGUGGCGGAAAAAAAAAAAGAAAAGAAAAAAAAUGGCCGGCCAGGAGGAUCCAGUCCAGAGAGAAAUCCACCAGGAUUGGGCGAAUCGCGAGUAUAUCGAAGUGAUUACGAGCAGCAUUAAGAAAAUAGCCGACUUCCUCAACUCGUUUGAUAUGUCCUGCAGGUCUCGUUUGGCCACGCUGAACGAGAAGCUCACUGCCCUGGAGAGGAGGAUCGAGUACAUCGAGGCCAGGGUUACAAAAGGGGAAACGCUGACCUAACCUUCCUGACCCUGAAGACAAGACAAAAUGGCCACACGUUCUUUUUUUUUUCUCUCCUCUUUCCUCAUUUACCUUAAAUAACCAUGUGACUGUUUUUUCGACCAGCCUUUUAAAGCCCCAGUUAGGAACUGCUGACACAGUACUGCGCUGCUUUGGGAUUUAAAAAGGGAACCUAAAAUAUGUGUAGUUUUGGUGAAAAAGGAUUGGAUCUAGCUGGAGCAGUUCCUCACUGCAGCUUUAAUGUGUGGGACCAUGAUGAAAUGUGACCAUUUUUAUUUUCUAUGAUGUCUGCCGCAGUAUGAGCAGUUGUGCUGUUAUUUUUGAUCCCCACUCAAUUUGGUACCGUCUCUGUGGUGCUUGCACAAACGUCUGGUCCUUCAUCUUGUCCCGAUUAAAUUUAAGCAGAUUUUAAUAACUGGGAAAUUCAGACACUAAACAGAUCAAUUGGAUAAAAUGAGGGUACAGUGAGCGAGUAUGAUGUUGGGGUGGGGCUGGGGGGAUGAGCCUUGAAAAAUGGCGCUUUUUUUGGGGGGGGGGACAAAAAAUGUCUUUUGUUUACUCUGCGCUGUUUGUGUGUGUGUCACUGGUUCUUGUAUAUAUUUUGUAACUGUUGGAACGCAAAAGCCUGCGUUCGCAGUGACAGUUUCUCACGCAAUAGCACAUCUUCACGCGGCGGCGGCGUGCAUGUGGGCCGAGAGACUGGAGGAGAGACUCAAGUGCCAAUUUAGAUCGUCAGACGUGACUGCGGCCUCGACAGCUGAUUUUGUUUUAAUGCUCAUACUUUGAUGUACUGUGGUUUAAAAAAAAUAAAAUGACAUUACAUAA